AUGACAGAGCACAACGAACACUCAGUUCCUGAGCCGCCUAAUGCCCUCUUAUCCGACUCCCGACCGACAUCCGCCCGCAAUGACAGCUUCAACGAUAGGGAAGCAUUCGAGCUCCACAACAUUCAAACACGCGAAGAUGACGACUUAGACUAUCCCGAUCCAUCUGGGUCAUCCAGCGACGAAUAUCAUGGCACUGUGCGGCGAACCGCGUCCCGUACCGACUCCCAGCGCGAACUCCAGGCUCGCAAUGGUGUUUGGGGUCGGAUCUGUCGGUUCUGGGCGAGACAUGUUAGUAUCACUGUGUCUCAGAAGGCCAAUCGUGACCACUUCGCUCUCGAAAGAACGUUCCUGGCGUAUAUUCGUACGUCCACUGUUAUUGCUAUGCAAGGAGUACUAGUCGCGCAAUUGUUCCGCCUGCAACGACCGGCGGGCAAUGUCAAUCGUCUUUCAUUCCAUGAGGUCGGAGUACCGUUAUCCGUCGCUUGCCAUUUCGUGGCUAUUGUUGUUGCUUUGAUCGGCGCUUUCAGGUUCUGGAGACAACAAAAUGCUAUAUCAAGGGGGAAGGUGUAUGCCGGAGGAUGGGAGUUGAAUUUUGUGGGAAUAUUCUUGUUCAUUAUUAUCGUGGCGACGUUAGUGCUUUCGGUUAUUAUCCUCAUCCAAAUCGACAUGACCCAUAGCACGUUUGUCGAUCGAAUAUUGCGCUUUUGA